CAGUCAGCCACGCUGCCGCAGACAGAGCAACACAGGAAGUAAAUGUGUUUGAUCCGCAGUAAUCGAUCAGAAGUUCCGAGAGAAACUAUGCUGUCAGCUUUAGGAUUUACUUUAUAUGGCCAGUGAACGGAUCGUGGACAGCAUGCAGGAUCUGAACCUGACAGAUGUGUUUUCUCCUGCAAAUAUCUUGGGCCUGACCGUGUUUGCGGUGGUUUUCUGUGUGCUGCAGGGCUACAAAAGACACAAAAAAUACGCGAACAUCCCUCCAGGUCCGAAACCAUGGCCCAUCGUGGGCAACUUCGGUGCUUUCCUCGUGCCCUCGUUCAUUUUGAGGCGAUUCGUGCAAAAUCGCGAAGCGUUUGCAAAGAGGAUGUCAAACCCACUGUCUCCUCAAGCUGGACUGAUGGAGAUGUCCAAACUCUACGGCAACAUUUUCAGUAUAUUUGUCGGACCUCAGCUCAUGGUGGUGCUGACGGGAUAUGACGCCGUCCGGGACGCGUUGUCAAACCAUGGGGAGGUCUUUUCGGAUAGACCAGAAAUUGCCCUUGUAACCAUUAUAACCAAAAGGAAAGGGAUUGUGUUUGCACCCUAUGGUCCAGUGUGGCGGAUGAAUCGGAAGUUCUGUCACAGCACUCUGCGACGCUUCGGGUUCGGGACACUGAGCCUGGAGCCGUGUGUCCGUGAAGGUCUGAGCAUGAUCAAAACAGAGCUGCUGAGCCUAAAUGACACAGCGGGGGCUUCUGGUGUGGACCUGACCCCUCUAAUCAGCAAUGCCGUCUCCAACGUCAUCUCUUCCAUGAGUCUCGGCCAGCGUUUCCAUCACCAGGACAAGGAGUUCAGGACCAUGCUGGAUCUCAUGGCUCACGGGCUGGAGCUAAGCCUCAACAGUUAUAUUUUACUGGUCAACAUCUUUCCAUGGCUCUACUACCUGCCGUGGGGCGUUUUCAGGGAGCUGCGGCGCGUGGAGGUCGACAUCACGGCCUUCCUGAAGAAGAUCAUAGCUAGGCACAGGGCCACGCUAGAUCCGGAAAACCCUCGAGAUUUUAUCGAUAUGUAUUUGGUGGAGAUGCAUGCCCAGCAAAAGGUGAGCAGUUCAGAAGAAUGCAGAUUUUCAGAGGAUGAUCUCUUCUACAUCAUCGGAGACCUUUUCAUUGCGGGCACGGAUACGACCACAAACAGUAUGCUGUGGAGUAUACUCUAUAUGUGCUUGCAUCCUGAUGUGCAAGAAAAGGUUCAGCGGGAAAUUGAUGCAGUGGUGGGUCGCGAAAAAGUCCCGUCGAUGACGGAUAAGGGCAGUUUGCCGUACACAGAAGCCACUAUUAUGGAGGUACAGAGAAUGACUGUUGUUGUUCCUCUGGCCAUACCCCACAUGUCCUCAGAUACCACAGAGUUCAGAGGGUACACUCUUCCUAAAGGCACCGUUAUCAUCCCAAACCUCUGGUCAGUACACAGGGAUCCCACUGUGUGGGAAAAUCCUGAUGAUUUUAAUCCAGAACGAUUCCUGGAUGAACAAGGAAUGCUUCUCAGGAAGGAAUGCUUUAUUCCGUUUGGUAUAGGGCGUAGGGUGUGCAUGGGAGAGCAGUUGGCUAAGAUGGAGCUGUUUCUGAUGUUCACCAGCUUGAUGCAGGCCUUUACAUUCAGACUUCCAGAUGGGAAACCUCCUCCACCCAUGCACGGGCGCUUUGGUCUAACCCUGGCUCCAUGCCCGUAUACAGUGUGUGUGACAGCACGCUGACUAAGCUUUAAGGCUGAAAUGUCAUUCCUGGAGCUCUGUGACAUCUUUGUAAAACAAAUCGCAUGGGUUUAGCUUAAAGAAGAGUUGUCAUAUGGACCAUAAACAAAAUGAGGAGCUUUAGUAUUGGAUUGUAUUGUUAUGAAGCAAAAGGUUUAUCUAUGAAAAUGUUUUAUUUUUAUCUUUUGUGAAUGAACAUUUCAAGAAUUUUAAAAUUUCAAAAAAUAAUCACGCACAUUAUUCAGUAUUAUAACAAUAUAUUUCAGUUUUAAUAUAAAGUUAAUUUUUAAAUGUAUCUGUAUUUGCUUUUAUUAUCUAUUUUUACUUUGAAACAUAUUGUUUUGAAGUUAUUAUGAAUUAUUUAAAUAUUAUAUGAUUUAUUGAAGACAUAUGAUUAAAUCAACACAUACUGACUUUUUGUAUGUAAUACAAAUAUUACACUG